UAUCCCGUUCCUUCCUUCUCUCUUCCACCGGUUGCUCCUUCCUAUCUCGAAAGAACUUCCAUUUUUGUUUGCUCUUUCCCCAACUCUCUCUCUCUUUUCGUCGCCGGCCAACUAACCCCCUUUCUCCUCUUUCUAACCGACGACUCAAACCUUUCUUCCCCUCUCCCUUACUCCGACGCCGCUCUCUCACUCUCUCUCUCUCUACCGCCGCAGAUCAGCAGAUAUAACCCCCAAAAUCUCGAUCCAACCCCUCCCUAGAAACCCAAAUCGCAAAUCCCCCACUACCCACUGCCUCUACUGUUUUUUGUUUUUUUUUUUGUUUAUCUAGUUUUUUUUUUUUGAUUGUUGUGGAUUGUGGUUCUAGCUGCUAGAGGUUUAGGACUUUUGGUAGUUUUUGUGUUUUUGGUUUUUUGAAGGAUUGGUUUUUUUUGGAUCGUUUUCUCUGGCUUUCAAAAAUCUCCCCCUUGGUUUUCAAUCCGGCUUUCCUUUUAUGCAUUUGAUUGUCCAAAAUUUUGGACAAUCACAAACCUUAAAGUCAAAGCAAAUCCACCGAAAAUGAGCACCCAAAUCUUGGUUGCCAUAGGGAGCAUUCAAUGCUCUGUAUAUUGUUGACAAUGGAGGUCUGCAAAAGCUUUCUAUUUUGAACUUGGAGGGCUGCCCAGUUACAGCUUCAUGUUUGGAUUCUCUUUCAGGUUUGUCUGGACUGACUCAUCUUGAUCUUUUUGGAGCUCAUAUCACUGAAUCUGGGACAAAUUAUUUGCGAAGAGUAGAAGAAAACCAAAGUAGCAAAGAUGCAACGGAGAAUGUCUACAUCUGGGAGGCCUUCUGGCACAGAUGGCUCAGAUUUCUCUUAUCGGAUGGUUGUUGAUUCCCGAUAUCAAAAAGUAGCUCGUACAAAGUCUAUUUUGCGAUCAUUUUUUUUAGUUCAGGCUAUCACACUUAUGGUAGGACUGUUUUUGCUAAUUUUUCUAUCAACAUCUGAGGAUUUGGCUUCCCAUGGGCUUGAAAUUGCUGCUACCACUUGUGGUCUCAUUUCUUUGAUAAUAGGAGAAAUAGGUCGGAAGCGCAGCCGAGUGAAUGUGUUGAGAUUUUUUAUGGUCACUUCAUCUAUUGUUGUCUCGUUCUUGAUAUAUUGCACUAUUUGCAAGUAUUCAAGAUUCAGGACUGCCAAAAACCCAAGUUACAGGGAAACAAUGUUGGAACUUCCUGAGGUAGCUCUUUCUCUAGUUGGACUGGUGUUGCAUUUAUUUAUCAUUGGCUACACAAUUCAUCUCAUUGGUAACAUGUCUCCUCCUAAGAGAGCUUCAUAGCUGUAUGGAUAUAGCUCUGUCACAAAUCCUACAUCAGUGGUAAAGAACAAUUCGUUGUCUUACUGAUUCCCAGAAACUUUAUCAAUCAGAAAAGAUAGUCAGUCUAGUUAACAAUUUUUUUCGUAGUUCUCGAAUUAGAUUGUUGGCCCUGUCUCUUGUUCUUAAUUUGUUCAGCAUUUUUGUCUACUUGCUAUGCAUGUCAAAGUAAAUGACCUUUAUGCUCCCAGAAAAAGGUAUGGAGCUGGAUACUAGGGAGUUCAAUCAUUUAUGUCUUUUUGGUUUUCUUGAAAUGGCAGAUAAUGGGAUGACAAACCAUUAUCUUCUGAUUAUAUUUCUAUUAGUAUGUAGAUUGCAAGAUUUCUGAAAGGAUCGUUCAGCAUUUUGGAUAAUUGUUGGAUAAUUGUUUUUAUGUGAGGGUGGUUUCAAGGUUAUUCCAA